GGGGGACACGGUUGCCAGGGGUUACUGGAGCCAACACCGGGGGUAGGGCGGGGCUACUUCCCGGAGCCCCCUUCUUUGAGGUCUGAUUGGUAGACAUUUCUGUCCGUCGGGGCAGCUACCACCGCCGAUUGGAUAGUGGCCAAUUUCUCAGGCGACCCACCGCCCAAACCCCGCAGGCCUCCCCUCUAGCUAGAAGCUCAGAGCUGCGACCAGUGGCGACCGCUGAGGAGCUACGGUUACAGUCGCGGGCUUCCCUCGCAGGCGUCCGGGGCAUUUCAUUCACUCGCCGGGCCGGCUUUCGGCAGGACGACGAUGAUUCUGGAGGAGAGGCCAGAAAGCCAGGGUGAAGGCGAGGACGGCGCGCGGCUGCAGGCAGCCGGCAGCGGUCUCAAGACUCAGCACAGCUGGCUGCAGAGCCGCAGAACCCGGAUCCACCAGCAGAUCAGCAAGGAGCUGCGGAUGCGGACAGGUGCCGAGAACCUCUACAGGGCAACCAGCAACAACCAGGUCCGAGAGACAGUCGCCCUGGAGCUGAGCUAUGUCAACUCCAACCUUCAGUUGCUGAAGGAGGAGCUAGAGGGGCUCAGCAGCAUGGUGGACAUGGAGAAGCCCAAGGGUGAAGGUGUCACUGUCCCCAUGAUCCCCCUGGGCCUGAAGGAGACCAAGGAGCUGGACUGGGCUACACCCUUGAAGGAGCUGAUCUCGGGUCACUUUGGAGAGGAUGGAGCUGCCUAUGAGGCAGAGAUCUUGGAGCUGGAGGGCCUACGGCAGGCCAUGCGGACCCCCAGCCGGGAUGAGGCAGGCCUGCAGCUGCUCGAGGCCUACUACAAUCAGCUGUGCUUCCUGGACAUGCGCUUCUUCAGCCCUGCUCGAAGCCCUGGGCUGCUCUUCCAGUGGUACGACUCGCUCACAGGAGUCCCAGCACAGCAACGGGCCCUGGCCUUUGAGAAGGGCAGUGUGCUGUUCAACAUCGGCGCACUCCACACACAGAUCGGGGCAUGCCAGGACCGCUCCCACCCAGAGGGUGCCUACCGUGCUGCCCAAGCCUUCCAAAGGGCUGCUGGGGCCUUCAGCCUCUUGAGGGAGAACUUCUCCCAUGCCCCGAGCCUGGACAUGAGUACUGCCUCUCUCUCCACAUUGGAGCAGCUCAUGGCUGCACAGGCCCAGGAGUGCAUCUUCGAGGGCCUCUCACUGCCAGCCCCUGCCACCCCCCACAACUGCCUGGCCCAGGAGGCUGCCCAGGUGGCAGCCGAGUACAGGCUUGUGCACCGGGCCAUGGCCCAGCCACCUGUUCAAGACUAUGUGCCCCCGUCCUGGACCACCCUCGUGCACGUCAAGGCCGAGCACUUCCGUGCACUGGCACACUACCACGCUGCAGUGGCCCUCUGCGACAGCUCCCCAGCUGCAGCUGAAGGCGAGCUCCCCAUGCAUGAGCAGGUCUUCCAGCCCCCACGUUCCCCCGAGUACCAAGGCCCCCCACUGCCGCAGCAGCCAGAGGAGCGCAGGAAGCUUGCCAAGGCCCACUUGAAGCGCGCCAUACUGGGCCAGGAAGAGGCGCUGCGGCUACAUGCUAUGUGCCGUGUCCUGCGCACGGUGGACCUGCUACAGGCUGUAGUGGCCCAGGCACUGCGACAUUCACUGGCCAAGUACUCGGAGCUUGAGCGUGAGGAUGACUUCUUUGAGGCCACUGAAGCCCCCGACAUCCAGCCCUGUGGAGGGCCUGAGGGGCAGGAGCUCCAGCUGGACUGUGCUCUCCUCCUCCACUUGGUUCCUGCUCUGCCAUGGCUCACAGAUAAGGACAACCCCACUGGGAAGGACGGGGAGGCCCACAGAGGGGGAGGGGCCCUGGGACAGCAAGGCAGGAGGCCAGAGGUCCCAGGAAGAGCCAGUGGGCACGGGGUCACCCCUCCCCUGGGACAGAAUUCAAGGGUAUGGGGCCCCUUGAGCCCUGGGUUUACCUCUGUUCCUCCUUUUCCUCCUACCCUGUCAGCUAAGACCCACCGGAAGCUAGAGGUCAGGCCAUCUAGCCUGUCACAGAUGAAAGUGGCUGACAUCUUCCACCGGCUGGGGCCCCUGUCUGUAUUCUCAACCAAGAACCAGUGGCGGCUGGCGGGACCUGUCCACAUGAUCCGAGGAGAGGGCGGCUUUGGCUUCACACUCCGGGGAGAUUCGCCUGUCCUCAUUGCUGCUGUGGUUCCUGGGGGCCAAGCUGCGGCAGCUGGCCUGAAGGAGGGGGACUACAUCGUGUCAGUGAACGGGCAGCCGUGCAAGUGGUGGAAGCAUGCCGAGGUUGUGGCGCAGUUGAGGGCUGUGGGCGAGGCGGGCGUGAGCCUGCACGUGGUGUCCCUGCUGCCCAAUCCUGAGCCACGUGGCACGGGGGACCGCCGGCCGGCUCUGCUGGGCCCAGGGGGGCUUCUGAAGAGCCAGAGAGAGUGCGGUUUUGAGAUACCAACCCCCGUGCAUGCCAGCCCCCUGCCCCUCCUUGGCUGGAGCCCGAAGACCAAGUGGUGCAAGACAGGGGGGCACCCCCAGCCCAGCACUGGUGGAGACUCUGGCAGCUGCCCCUGAGCCAGGUGUGCCUGUGCCCUCCAAGCAUCCAGGGGGUCUAUGAAGGCUGGUACUCACAUGGUUCUAGUAGCCAGAAGUGGCCUGUGCACUCUGUCCACCACCUUCAGUGACCUUCAGGCUAUGCCUUGCUCUGCUUAAGGCUGAGAUGCCCAUUAAAGAUUAUGGUCAGACAAGGUGGGUCUGAGCCCAGUGCUGGGGAUGGUAGUCACUUCACCCACACCCAGAGGUGUCCCAGUGCCCUCUAGGCACAGUGCUCACUCAGGCCACCUCUCUGGGAGAUGCUGCCCCCUACUGCAGGCCCCUUAAACCCCCCAUACUGUGCCCCACCCAUACCUUACCUCAGGCCCCACUCUGCUUGGUACACGAUGCUCCUGCCAGCUCCCCUCUACUGUCCCAACCCUGGCUGAACAAGGCUCAUCCCCUCUGCACAGGGUCCCUGCUACAUCUUAUUUUCCUCUCCCUGUUCUUGCUGUCCCACCCUCUGCCCAGGAGACCCCACCAUUGAGGAUUGCACUUUCAGUCUUGCCAUGAGCAUGGCCCCCAAGGCCAUAGGCAAGAGCUCUGCCCCCAGGUCCCUUGGAGAGAUGGGCUAGGGACCUGGGCUCCAAAGAGAGCAAGGAGAAAGGCUGCCUUGGAAGCAGUCCAGAGGGCCUCUCCAAUGGGCUGACUGUGCUGGCCAGAUAUUGUCCCUGUGGCCACCAGGGGGCAGUGACUGCCCACUCACACGGCCAUAAGGAGGCUCCCAAUCUGCCAGGCUUGGAUCUGGGGAACAAACCCAUGAAAUCAAGGUAGCCCCCUUCCUAGUCAGAGAUUCCCUUUUUUAUGCAGUCCCUGCCAAGGGCUCCAGGUGGGAGCAGCCAGCUCUGUGCUCUGGCUCUGGCUCCAUGGUCCAGGCCUUGCUGUCCACUGCCUCCUGCCCACUUUGGCAUGGGCAAGUGGUCCCAGGGGUGUGAGUGUAGGGUGAGUGUAGAGGUCAGUGUGGGGAGUCAGAGGGUGAAUGGGGUGAGUAUAGGGUGGGAGGUGUGAUGUGAGGAGGGUGAGCCCCUGAGUUUGAACCUACCCACAGCCAAGUGUCUGGGAAGCGGAAGGGAAGGGCCCCGCCAGCCUGAGCCUGGGAAGUGGGUCCAGGUGGACCAACCACCCUUGGCUCUCCUAGGAGAAUCCCCAGCUCAGCAGAACAGGCCAAGGUCAGGCAGGUCUCCUCAGCGCUUAUUAAUUUGAUUAAUAAAGCUGUGCAUC